AUGGCGCCUCGGAGUAGAGGCAAGCCCAUAUGGCGAAGACCAUCAUGGACGCCCCCAGUACGCAGACGGCGGCUCUCCUGGGCGAUACCCACCGUGCCGAUGGAGGAAACACGGGCGCCGCGGCCGCCGCCGGUGGCGGCGCCAUCACAUCUAUACUGCGCUGCUGCCACUCCGGAUGAAGGAGGAAGUCUCCCGGGUCGUCGGGGAGGGCGAACGCCGUGAUGGUCUUCCCCUUGGAGGGGUCCCCCGGAGGCGGGAGGGAGAUGAUCACCACCCCCGUCACCUGCGGCUCCAUCUCCUCCGUCUGCAAAUUGCAGAGAAGACGACCCACCAGGACGAGGAAGAGCAAAAGGAAGAAGAGGAAGAGAAGCGGGAGUGGGCCGAGGUCUCCUCCCUCUUUAUCAGCGCCAGAUUAAUCCGCUUCUUUGUGCGCCACUGCUGGCUGAAAGCGAAGGCCGGUGAGCCAUUUUCCCCGUCUUCUUGUUUAUUCUGCGAUUUUGUCUUCAGCCAUUAGCAGGCUGAGAGGUCCCCGGUGGCGUGUGGGCUGUUGACGGAAGAGGAAGGUUCCUGCCGGCCGUCGCUUCUCUCUCGCCUGUGAUGUCGACGACCGCGGCGUCAGGGAGAAGACUCCCUCGCCUCUGCGAGAAAGAAGACGACCAUCAGCUAAUCGCAUGCGUCCACGUGUACACAAACCUACGUCAGCACUCCAAUCAGAUAAACACCUCGCCACGAUGAAAAACCGCCGAUAAUUAAAUAUUGUCUAUAAUUAAAUAUAUUAUGAUGAUAAUAUUCACAGGAGCGGUUUUUCGACGCACCGCUAUUUAUAAUUAUAAUGUUCGAGAUAUAAAUAUUGUUUUUUUCGAUUCGUUCGAUCCGGUGGACACGUGGCAGUAUCGUACGGUUAAAAGGAGAGACAAGUAGCUCGCACAGAAGGUCCUCCGCGUCGAAGGUGGAGACGGGGUAGAUGACGUGGACGUUUCCGAAACGUGUGAGAGCAGAAUACAUAUGCUGCUGGUGUACCACGUCAAAAACGCACUUACAAGCGGAUUAGCAAAUUUUUUAAAUAACCCCUCUUCUGUUUUCCCAUGACGAAAACGACCGCAUGAAUCUGCCAAAAGGAUAUAAGUAUGUACCCAGUUCAUGAUAUAUAGACAUGUAAGAGAUGAGUAGGGGUCAUGAUACAAAUGAGGCAUAGCAUGGGGUCUGUCAGCAACUUUCUCCAAGUCAAAGGAAUCAAUAAAAUUGUGCUUAGCCCCUCAAUGGAAAAGGCUACUUCAUUAAACCCUUUAAUUAUUGAAAAAUGCAACAUCUAACGAAGUCGGUAAUUACCAUUAUAGAUAGGCAAUGGUAUAAAUAUUAUGAUGUUUGAAUGAUUAACGCCCCAAAAAAUCGAAAUAUUUUUACAAAAUAGCCAGUAGCUACAUGAAACAGCAUUGCCUAAAGUUCCUUAUUUAUAUGCCCCCAUUAAAUAAUUUAGAUAUAUAUUAUUAUGCACCAUUUAAGACCUGAUCCCGUGUGGGUCCUUUUGUCAUUUCAGUCGACUUUAAGGGUAAUAUUGCAAUAAAUUAUAACAAGAUGGCCCAUAUGCACCAGCUCGCCCGACAGUGGAUCCAGUCUCGAACCAUUUACCCGGCCGGCCCGCUGGCGGAAACCACGAAGAGCCAUACCCUUUGUGGCGUCACAGCAGCAUCCCCUCUCUCUCUCUCUCUCUCUCUCUCUCUCCUCCCAAAUCGGCCGCUCCGUCUACCCCGAAGUUCGGUGGGAUCUCCACGCGAUCGACCUCUGUGGCGGCGCCAGGACGAGGAGGGCUCGACCCCCACACUGGCGAAGGCGAGUCGCGGGGGGACGGAUCGGAGCCCGAGAGGUCCAAUGGCGACCCCAUCCCCGCAAGCGUUGGCGCAGAUCAAGUCCGCCGCCAGGAAGCUCCCCGUGAAGCGCAGAACGCCCGAUCCCGCCGUGCCUCGGUCCUCCGGCGCCGCGACCGUCAAGACCGAGGGUGAGGGGGACGAGUUCGAGGACGAGGAAGAGGAGGAGGAGGAGGAGGAGGAAGGGGAGGGGAGGGUCGCCGGCGACGGGCCCCCGUUCAAGUUCCAGCGGAUAUGGUCGGAGUCGGACGAGAUCCGGUUCUUGCAGGGUCUGCUGGCCUGCAACACUCAGGGCAUGACCUUCCCCCGCGACCUCAAUCUCUACUUUGAUCGUUUCUCCGAGACGAUGAGUCAGCCCUACACCCGCUCUCAGCUCUCAGAGAAGCUCCGCCGCCUCCGGAAGAAGUUCCGAUCCCACUCUGUGCGCGUCUCACGCGGCCUCGACCCCUCGGGCCUCUCCCCUCACGACCGCGACCUCUUCCACCUCUCCACCCUCCUUUGGGAUCCCGCCUUCGCCGUCUCCUCCCCCUUCGGCUCCUCCACCGGUUCCGUCCCCGGCAACAAGCGCCGUCGGCAUAUCCCCGUCGGAAAGGCCAUGGUUGGUGCCCCUUCGAGCCCUCCUCGUCCUUCUGCCGUAGGUGCUGCUCCCUCUUCAUCUCCUCCCCUUGGCCCCCCCAAUGGGAAGCGUGCUGGAGAUUUAGGCAGCGGGUCAAGGGAGGAUCAUGAGUCCCCAUUGAACCUAGAGAAGCUCUUCGUUGAUGACCGCAGCGGGCUGGGGCAAAUGACGGCUAUGAUGGCCUUGGAUGUGUUUGAUAGUUGCCUCAGAGAUGUUAGGGCAACGCUUGUUCGCCGAGGUCUGCUUCACUCCGAUCAAAAUCUGAGAACUGGUGUUGAGCGCGAUCUGUCCAAGAGGUGGCGGGAGCAGCGCGUGGCCGAGUUGGAUGUGCUGGCGCGCCGCUUGCGCCUGACUCUCGGGCAAGCUGUCGAAGAGUGAGUCCUCUGUGAUGGCGAUCAUUACCCCGCUCUGUAACGACAACAUCCAAUCCUUCACUGCCUUUUUAUCUCUGUUCUUCUUCUCUCUUGCUUUACUUAACCAGACUUCCUGUAAAUCUCCUGUGCACAGUUGCCUAGUGACCCUGCUAUGUAUCUAUGACUCACAGAAGCACCGUGAUCUGCUCUUUUUUAUAUGAUGCCCUAGAGAUCAUCUCAGUCGCUUGGGAAUUUAUCAUCUUGCCAUGCUAAGCAAAUCCCUCUGAUAUAUUUUCAAAUGAUGCACAUUUCCGCUGGAAACCUCAGAUGUGAUCUACUCUGGUUUCUUCUAUGCACCCAUUAAAACCUCGUUGGCUGACUUUCUCUUUUGGUUAGUGACACCGAACAGUGACUGUUUCUGUGAAGGUCAAAGCCAAUUCUUGAACUGAAUGAAUGCCUCGGAUGGGCUGGGAACAGGAUGGCGCCUGCUUCUCGCUGAAAAAAAAUUCCAUUUUGGCAAGAACCCACAUGGUCUUAAAGGAAAAUAUUAUUUGGCCAGUAAUUGGGUAGAUCUGACCCCUUGAUAUCAUUACAGAUUUACUGAAUGGGUAGGUGCCAGAAGAGAGUCAACCCUGCUAGAUCGGCACAUAACUUCCACGGCUGUUUGUUCUCCUGAAAAUCUGGAAAAAGGGUCCUUUGGGUGUAGAGUUUAGAGAAAAUAAUAUUUCUGUUCAAAUCAAACCCCCCUUGCCUCUUAUGAAUUAUUCUGAAAAUUUUCAUAAGAGAGAGAAGUGUUUUAUAUUCCCUCUGACGCUCAUCCUUCUAGUCGGAAUUAGUACGCAUUUUGCUGUAUGUUCCCCAAAAUGUUCCAUGAUUUAAUGGCUCUGAAUGAGAGAGAAUCAAUCGUGUCACCAGAAAUCCCUGCAAGAGCAGGACCCGCGCGUAAAAUGGUGGAAUCUGUUCUUGUCCCUCAUGAUGAUCUCCACUCCGACCACCUUGGAGACGAGCUUGGCGAAGGCAUGGCAGUCGCUGCAGGUCCUCAAAUUCUUCAUCACCCUUAUGGAAGCGGCCCCGUGGCCGGCGCCAAUGAGAGAGAAGGCUAUGGCGAUCUUCUCGCUGUGCGCCCCCAGCGCCACCUCCUUCUCCUCCGCCUCCACGUCGUGCAGCACCUCGCCGGUCGCCGGCGCGUAGCCGGCGUCCCUCACCCGCCUCAUCAGCUCCUCCAGCUUCGCGUAUAUCUCGCCGGACUGCGGAUGCGACCUGUCGCCGCCGUAGAAGACCUCCAUCCCACCGCCGCCGGCCGCCUCCACCGAACAGUACCCCGCCGUCUUCCUCACCUUCGCCUUCCUCAUCCUCUUCCUGA